AUGGCCGCCCUCUCCCCCGCCCUCGCCUUAGCCAACCCCCCCCUCACCUCCUCAUCGCUCGACAUCGUCAUUCCCGCCUCUCACUGGUCCGGGACGCCCAGCGUAUCUCCUAGCAAGCGAAGGAAGGGCAAAGGGCGCGCGGAUGACAGGCGCGAGUCGGUUCUGAGCGAGCGGGAUGCGAACGAAGGGCUGCUCGUAGACGUUCAGUCGGCAAGCGGGUUAACGCCCGCAGCGAAUAAGACCCUCUUCCCGCCGCGCACACCCUCCGCCUUUGCUCUCUCCCUCCUCGACAAGUCCCCCUCACUCCUCAAAGCCCAGCUCUCGACACCUCUUAUCCCGCUCGGCACGCCCAUCACCGUUCGAAAGAAGGUGCACCCGCCGAGCGAGCAAAAGGAGAACGAGACGCCUUCGACGCGGCGUAGCGCGAGGAGAACGGGGCCCGACUCGCCGUCUCCUGCUGGAACCGCGGCAUCUUCGCCCGUGAAGACUGCCCCUUCCUCGCCGAAGACCGUCCGGUACUCCCCCUCUCCUCGCCGCCUCCGGUCAUCACCUCGCAAACCCGCCGCCCAAACACCCCUCGCGACUUCGUCCACGCCUUCCAUCUCUUCCUCGCCCUCACCCGCCCCGACUCCCUCAACGCCGAUCCACCACCUCGGCCUAGUCCCAACUACUCUCUCUGUCUCCCCCUUCGCACACUUCUCGCCCUCCACACCGGCAAUCCGCACGCACGCCUCGUACAGGGAGGAAGAGUUGACGGACUGCGAUGCGGAUGGGUCGUAUUGGGAUGCGGAUGAAGAUACGUCGUUGUCCUAUGGACCGACUGAGUCGGUCGACUCGACCGAGCUUGUGCAGGGCGGAGAGGUGGAGGCGGAUGAGGUGGAUGCGGAGAUGGCCGUUGCUGUGGGAAGAUUGACGCUUGACGCGCCCGUCGCGGAGAACAUGGACGAGGUCACGGACGAGUCGGUUGACCUUACGCCUACCGAGGUCGAGGACAACGAUGGCACCGCGUCUGACGGCGAAGACGCGGAUUCGGCAACCUCUGCCGAGGAGAUCGAGGUUGCGGCGGUACUGGACGACGAGGAGCCCGCAGGAAUAAAGGUAGGGCCGGAAGACGAGCUCGUGCCCGCGCCGAACACGCUCGAAGCUGAGGCGAUCGAGCGGAUGAAGUUGGUCGAGGUCGAUUCGGCUACGACACCUCUCGACGCUGAAGCCGCGGUCGACACUCUUGAGUCAUGCGACGACGUCGUUAACGAAACACCGGAGCGGCCUACGCUGGUCGAGGAAGAUGCCGUGUCCAACGUCGAAGCCAUCGAGGAGCCUUCGCUGGCGGAGACGCCUGACUCCCCCGUGGUCGCCGUCGUCGAGCUAGAGGCCCCGGCUCCGCCAAUGGUCGAAGCAGGCGUGGUCGAUGAAGGCGAACCGCGAUUAACUCGGGAAGAAGCCGCGUCACCGUCCGUCGAGCAAGAGGUCCUUACCGAAGAGGCGCCUGUCGCGCCUCCGGCGCCGUCUCCUUCCUUGGCCGAGCCGGUGCCUUCACUGGACGAGUUGGAGGAGCCCGCAUCCGACAUCGACGCGCUUGACGGCCUCCAUCUGGCCACGGAGCCCGCCAGCCUGGACGAGUCGCCCACUCUCUCUGAGCCGCCAGUCGGGCAGCCUGAUGCCGGCUCGGAGGCGGCUCCUCUGGUCAUUGCGUCUCUCGACGACGUUCUCCCGGCCGCGACUCCGCCCGCCGCACCACGACCAGCUCUCGCAUCAACGACGCCAACUCGCCCUCCUCCUUCGGCACUUCGCCAACCGGCACAGCUCACCUCUACCGCCGCUCCUACCGCAAAGCGGCAACUCACCAAGCUCACAUCGACCGCCGCGCAACGUCCCGUACCGAGUCUUGCAGGCAAGACCAAGUUGACGGCGCUCGUGCCCGGAUCGGCCGCGACGGGUUCGCGACUGCUCGGAACGUCUCGCUUGGCGGUGCCGAAGCGAGAUGGUACAGCCACGACCAUUGGACGGAUGCCGAGUCCCGCCAACCCGCCUGCGAAGCCUGCGGACAUUCGCCGUCCCUCGUCUGCCCUGUCGUCGUCGACAUCGUCCACUCUCUCAAGCAGCUCGAGCACAUCGGCGCUGCGCUCGCGAGUCAUUGUCCGGCCUGCAGCGCCUUCGACCGCGACAGCCGCGACAAGCUCGUCCAGCGCGAGAGCGCUUCCGAGUACCGCCCGCUCUGGCUCUUCGCUUCAGCGACCGACUGCACCAACCGGCACGACUGCGCGACCUACGACUACCGCCCCUCGUCCCCUCUCCCGGCCACUCACCGUUCCGCGCCCUACGGCUCUCGCUCCACCCGCAUCUCGCCUCGCUCGUUCCCAACCUCCCUCUCGCUCACAACCGCCACCGGUUACAAGCUCGUCUCGCUCUACCGCCCUUACAGCGACUUCUUCGUUACCGCAUGUCCUCUCAAGCCGCGAGCCGGCUACUCGCCCUCCCUCUACCUCGUCCGCCUCGAGCAUGGGUCCGCCUCGGACAACGGUUCGCGCGCCUCGCGCCGCACUUGCAGCGCGCAAGGCUGCGGAGGCCUCGUCCACGCCGUUGCUCAAUUCGUCCGCGGCUUCUCCGUCCAUACGGCGAGCAGGGAGGAUUGUCGACGGCAAGCUGGAGGUUCCGCGAACGCCAGCAGUGCCACCUACGCCGACACCUGCCGCGUUGCCUCCCAAGGAGACUCCCCCCUUCCCUCCCAGACCUGCGACGCCGACGCAGCCCGACGUACCCGCUCUAAUCAUUGCACCCACACCGACCGCAUCACCCUCUCCGGCUCGCGCCUCCCCACGACGACUAGCCGCCAGCUUCGCCCCAGUCUCGCCGCAUCGCAGUCCCCGCCGCAUCCUCGUUGACCAGCCGACACCAUCGACCGAGAACCCACCUCCUACGCCAUCGACCGCACUUCUUGCGCCUGCUGAGAAACUCGCGGCGUCUGUGCCGACCACCAUUUUCGAGCCUUCAGCCCGUCCGGCAUCCAUGCGAGCCACUCGACGGACUCGCUUGGCGGAGGUUCAAGCGACUGUCCCGCCCUCGACAGAUGCGCCUGACGCAGUUGCCGAGCUACCGACAACGCUUCGCUCGAGCAGGCGGACCAUCGCACCGACUGUUGCGCCUGUCCAGCCUGAGGCUGCGACUGAACCCGCUGCCCUCGUUCAGCCGAAGACGCCGAUUCUGCGGACACGGCGGAGUCGCCUUCGACUGCUUACCGAGGAAGCUGCAAACGCUGCGGCUGAGCCAUCAGCAGAACCGGAGCCGACCGUCGUGUCGCCGCCUGCCCCGGUCGAAGACGCUCAGCCCGCCACCACCCGCCCUCUCUCUUCCUUCCGCCCCGCACCUGCCGUCACGCAAGACGAGCUGAACCGCCUCACCCAGCGAAACACGAAGAAGAACCAAGUCGCCUUCAACCGGAUCAAGCUCGAGACCGUCUUCCUCGAUUGCGCCCGGCCUCCUUCGCCGACGAGCAAGAUCCGGAAAGCGUUCGGCUCGGAGGGCUCGCUUGCUCGCACCACGACGAAGGAAGGCCGCGAAGCCCGAGCGGCGAAGAGGCGGAAUGCGCUUCGGUCGAGUCUGGACGGGUCGGAACUCGCUGCGCUUGCGGAGGAGCUCAAGGCGGAGUCGGGAUCGUCGAUGGAGGCCGAGCCCCCGAAGCAGCACUUCCGAGCUGCGGGCGACGACGAGCAGUACUUCACGCCGCAGAAGGCGGGAGGCGCGUGGAAGAGUGCGGCGGUGGGACGGAAACGCUCGCCUGGAUCGGGCUCAAGUAGCGCGAGUGCGUCGCCGAGCCGGCAGGAGACGAAGCGGGUCAAGUGGGAUCGGGCGCUCGUGUACGAAGGGCCGCUGGAUCGCGACGCUCGCUCGAACGGCGACAGUAUCCUCAAGCCCGUCGACCUCGACGCCUGGGGCAACUCGACUUCCAUCGCCAGCCUCGGCAAACCCACCUCAAUCACGAUUCGCAUGCGCGUCUUCAAGGACGAGCAGUAG